UGCAGGCUUUAGAAGCAUGUGAUUGGUGGAUGAGGAUGAGCGACGUCAGCAUUCCAGGCAUCCAGAGCCGAGAGGAAGCACAGAGACGCACGGAGGAAACCCAUUCCAAUCUGACGAGUGAUAAUCUCUCAAAAAGCUCUCACACAUUUUGCAGUCCUUCUGUGAGCAGCGCCAGUUCCUCCAUCACGGAUCAGUAUUUUUGAUUACAUCCUCAUCCGCAGCCAUGAACUACCUGCGCCGCCGUCUCUCUGACAGCACCUUCAUCUCCAACCUGCCCAACGGUUACCUAUCAGACCUGCAGAAACCCGAUCCUCCCCAGCCUCCUCCACCCGGGGCGGAAUCCGAAUUGGCUCCUCAGGUCUCUCCGAGCCAGAGUCAGAACCCAAACCCAGAGAGGAAACCCCAGCCUCCUGCCCAGUCCUCAGGUGCAGGAUUCUUCAGCUCCAUCACCAACGUAGUGAAGCAAACUGCAGCCUCGGCAGGGUUGGUCGAGCAAACACCCGUCCCCGUUGCCAAGAAGUUAAAAAUCCUGCUGGUCAUCGACGAGCCGCAGCAGGAAUGGGCCAAAGUCUUCCGAGGAAAAAAGCUACAGGGAGAUUAUGAGAUUCGGGUGGAGCAGGCUGAGUUUCAUGACAUCAGUGUGGUGUCUCACGCUAACGGAACCUGCAACGUGGCCAUGCAGGUCCUCAGGAACGGGACCAAGGUGGUGAGGUCUUUCAAGCCUGACUUUGUCCUCGUUCGUCAACACGCCUUCAGCAUGACUGAGAAUUCUGAUUUCCGGAACCUGAUCAUCGGUCUGCAGUACGCAGGAGUCUCCAGCACCAACUCUCUCCAGUCCAUCUACAACAUGUGUGAUAAACCGUGGGCGUUUGCUCAGCUGAUCAGCACACACAGGAAACUGGGAGCUGAAAAAUUUCCGCUGAUCGAACAAACCUACUACGCAAACUACAAAGAGAUGGUAACCAUGCCAACCUUCCCUGUGGUGGUGAAAAUUGGACACGCCCACUCCGGUGUGGGUAAGGUGAAAGUGGACAAUCACACAAAGUUCCAGGACAUAGCAAGCGUGGUGGCUCUCACACAGACCUACAGCACGUCCGAACCCUUCAUCGACUCCAAGUACGACAUCAGGAUCCAGAAAAUCGGAAACAACUACAAAGCCUACAUGAGAACCUCCAUCUCAGGAAACUGGAAGUCCAACACCGGAACAGCCAUGCUGGAGCAAGUGGCCAUGACGGACAGGUAUAAGCUGUGGGUGGAUACAUGCAGUGAGCUGUUCGGGGGUUUGGAUAUCUGUGCAGUUAAAGCCAUUCACGGUAAAGAUGGAAAAGAUUACAUCGCUGAGGUGGUCGGCUCGUCGAUGCCCCUGGUUGGAGAUUAUCAGGCUGAAGACCGGCAGCUCAUAGCAGACCUGGUUAUAACCAGGAUGAAUCAGGCCAUGUCCCAAAACCCGAAGAGACCCACCACCAUCCAGCCUUCACAGAACGGCGCUCAGAACGACGCGGUGACGGAGGGGAAGAAGACGCCGUCUCAGAAGGCUCCUCAAGGCUGUUUGCAGUACAUUCUGGACUGUAAUGGAGUCGCAGUUGGACCCAAACCGGUCCAGGCCAACUGAGCAGAGUGGGAGAGAGAGAGAGAGAGUGGGAGAGAGAGUGGGAGAGAGAGAGAGAGAGUGGGAGAGAGAGAG